CUCAAGACAUUCGCCGCACUCUGCUGCAGUGCACCGUCCCUUUCCCGAGUUGGAACACCCACUGAUCCAGAGGCGGGGGCCGCCCCCACCCAUGCCGCCCCGGGGACCACCUCACCACCGCCGUGGCCGAGGCCGAGGCGGGCCCUCCCAGCUUCCCUGAGGCGCGCCCCCACCACUCAGCCGCGGGGAAAUGGUCCAGUCGCGGCGGCGCGGAGGCAACUUCCGGUGCCCGCGCCGCGCCGCGCUGCCGGCGGCGGCGGCGCUCCUGCUCUUCCUCCUCGCCGCCGUCGCGCUGCUCUACGUCUCCCCGCCGCCGGUCUCGGACCACCCCGUGCUCGCCUCCUCCCGCCGCCGCCGCUCAGCCCAUGCCUUGCUGAACAGCUCCGACGGCGGCGGCACGGACGAGUCCGAGCGCCGCGAAAUUUUCCGUGUUCCAACGAAUGGUUCGAACGUCAGGGACGGCCUUUGGGGUUCAAAGCUUGCUAGCAAAUUUUAUGGGUGCAGCAACUCAAGCAGCAAGUUCCUUGAUUCAAAUAUCACUACACAACCAGACUGCUAUUUGAUGAUUGUUACAAGUGGAGGACUGAAUCAACAGAGAACAGGGAUAAUUGAUGCUGUUGUUGCUGCACGCAUUUUAAAUGCCACACUUGUUGUUCCCAAACUGGACCAGGCAUCCUUCUGGAAAGAUUCAAGCAAUUUUUCUGAAAUUUUUGAUGCCAACUGGUUCAUCUCAUCCCUAUCAAAGGAUGUAAAGAUUGUGAAAGAGCUUCCAGAGAUAGGAGGUAAACUUCGGGCUCCUCACAGAAUGCGUGUUCCUCGAAAAUGUACUGAGCGGUGUUACUUGAACCGUGUGCUGCCUGCACUUCUUAAGAAACAUGUUAUACGAUUGACGAAAUUCGAUUAUAGAUUAGCAAACAGGUUGCAAACUGACUUGCAGAAGCUGAGAUGCAGAGUCAACUAUCAUGCAUUGAGAUUUACUGCUCCAAUACAAGAGAUGGGUGAAAAGCUAAUACAAAGAAUGAGGGAGAGGAGCAAGCAUUUUAUUGCUCUUCACUUGAGAUUUGAACCUGAUAUGCUUGCCUUUUCGGGGUGCUAUUACGGUGGCGGAGAAAAGGAGAGGAGAGAACUUGGUGCUAUAAGGAAGAGGUGGAAAGGCUUGCAUCCUAACCCAGAGAAAGGAAGAAGGCAAGGUAGAUGCCCUCUAACUCCUGAAGAGGUGGGUCUGUUGUUGAGAGCACUAGGCUACAGUAUGGAUGUCCACAUUUAUGUAGCUUCUGGAGAGAUAUAUGGAGGUCCAAGGACUCUGGCACCGCUUAAAGCUCUCUUCCCCAAUCUCCACACAAAAGAAACAAUAUCCAGCAAAGAGGAACUGGCACCAUUCUCUAAAUAUUCUUCUCGCAUGGCUGCACUUGAUUUCAUUGUCUGCGAUGAAAGUGAUGCUUUUGUGGCUAACAACAAUGGCAACAUGGCUAAAAUCUUGGCCGGGCGAAGGAGAUAUUUUGGGCAUAAGAGAACAAUCCGACCAAAUGCCAAAAGGCUCUAUCCUUUGUUUUUGAACAGAGGGAACAUGUCAUGGGAUGCAUUCUCCUCAAAAGUACACAUGGUCCAGAAAGGGUUUAUGGGAGAGCCCAAAGAGCUGAGGCCGGGGAGGGGUGAGUUUCAUGAGAACCCCUCUACCUGUAUCUGUGAAAGGACUGAUGGCAAGGUCAAACCUCGAAACGAUCAAGUCUUGGAUAGCAGUAGUGACCGAGGCAAAGCGAUUGGUGAGCCAGCAGUUCCCAAUUAUACUGCCGAAGAGGUUGGCGAAUCUGAUGACGACGAAGAUGCUCCUGCAGAGAAAGAGAUGUUUGACAUGGAAAUGGACGAUGAUGUGUUGGUCAGACCAGAGGAUCCUGAGCUAGAACAGAUUCUUUCAGAUUAGUUAACUUAUCCGGUGUCAAAGAAGUUCCCCAACCAAUUCUUUUUGGCUGAGUGAUUAGCGAAUUUUGUCCCUUGAAACUGUACAUAUUUUUUGCCUUCAGUCUCAGUAGUGCAGUUUCUUAUCAUUUAGUUUGUAACAUUUGUGGCUUGUUAUACCUUGUAGCAUGCGUUUUGCUCCUGUGUUGUUCCUUGUGCAA